AUGCCAAUCCUUGGCGAACCAAGCCACAAGUCUCUUAUCUCUUAUCUCAAAGGCGUAUCGAAGUCUGUACCAAAGCCAACGGCAAUACUUUCUGUAACGGCGCACUGGGAGGCGGAUCGCAUCAUGGUCAGUACGGCACCGCAGCCCACCAUGCUGUACGACUACUACGGCUUUCCCCCCGAGUCGUACGAAUUGAAGUACCCAGCCCCUGGCUCACCGGCUCUGGCCCAGCGGGUGCUGGGGCUGCUGGCGGGCGCAGGGAUCCCCGCCGCGGGCGACGCGUCCCGGGGUUUCGACCACGGCACGUUCGUCCCGCUGAUGCUGGCGUUCCCGGACGCCACCACGCCGGUGGUUCAGAUGUCGCUGCACAGGUCCCUGGACCCCAGGCUGCAUUUAUCCGUGGGUGCCGCUCUCGCUCCCCUCCGUGACGAGGGGGUGCUCAUCGUAGGGAGCGGUAUGAGCUUCCACAAUAUGGAGGUGUUUCGGCGCAACGGUUUCGGAGCGGGGCCCAGUACGAAGAAGUACAAACCCAGCGAGGACUUUGACAGCUGGUUGCAGCAGGCGGUUACCGGGUCCCCCUCCCCCUCCUCCUCCUCCCCCUCGGGCGCAUGGAGAUCUGAGCAGCUGGCCCAGUGGGCCGCAGCUCCCGGAGCUAGGGAGUGUCACCCCCGGGAGGAGCACCUGAUACCCCUGAUGGUGGCGGCGGGGGCUGCGGAGGGCGAUCCGGGUCGUAACGCCUACAGCGACUGGUUUGUGGGAACCAAGGUGUCCGGUUUUGUAUUUGGAUAA